AAACUAUCGUUUCACCCGCAGUUGUGUCUUUAUCAACUGAAUAUUGUCAAACAGGACUUAUCUGUAACAUGUUAUAGGGUAUUCUCGCAAGUAGAGGCAGUUGUACAGAAUCACAAAGAGUCUGCAGAGGUGUGCACUACGGAUUAAAAUGCUUAGAGUUUUGAAGAGAGUGAUCGAGGGAGGGGGGCCUGUGCACUGGAACAUUCUAUAGAACAUGUGAGCAUACAAUAAGGACCAGUUAUUCAACGUUGAGAAGAAUAAGACUCUAAAUAGACAGUCAGCUGCUUUUUGAUCACAGCAAGCAUGUGAUAGUCUAUAUUUGCCAGUAUCUAUAAAGCACCAAAACGUCCCUGGUUUCCUCAGUCUCCAAAAAAAUUCCACUUUGAGAAUGUCAAAAGGUAAGCAUGAGGCAGUACCUCACUCAAAGAUUUCGCCUUCAAUUGUAUUUGCAUUCACAUGCCUUGCAUCAUUUUCAGUUACUUUGCCACAUUUUUUACAAUAACAUAUUGCACCCUAAAAUGGGUUUUGAGGUCAUUUGCAAAUAAGUGCAAAGUUAGCCUAAGUUAGCCACCAGCUUUUAUUUGCAACUUAUCUGCUGAAUCUAGCUAGUCUUAUUUGUUCCAACAUUUUCAUUUGACACUUCCUGAACAUAAAAUGAAUGUAGAUUCACCUGUGGAAAUGCAAACGUUAGAAGGAGAAUAAAUCCAAAGCCGAACAGCACAACGUGGAUUAGCAAGUGUACCGUAGGUUGACUAACGUUAGCUAGAGUUAGCCAUUUUGACUGAAUAAAUUGAUAUGAAAAGGAGAGGAUCUUUUUUUCUUUUUUUUUGAUUUGUUGGUAUAUACAUUUUUUUUUCAUAUGUAUGCCGUUUAAUGAUUUCACUGGAAUGAAGAAAACAUUUCCGGUUUUCCACAAGGUCCCUCGCCUACAUAUCCCAGAAAUCCCAGCCAUUGUUUACGUGGACCGGGCCUCUGCUGCUCUCCCUGAGCACCCGGAUGUCCGUCGUUAUUUACGAUAAUGCCGCUAUAUUUGUCUUUAUUCCUUGGCUUCAAAGAGAUCAACAUGUUUAGCUGAAGCUUCGUGAUAAACGGAAGAAAGUAAACGGUAACAUGAAAUGGAGAUAACUCGGACCAGACCGUCCUUGUUUGGAGAAAUCGCUCAUGGUCUUGGAUUCUGGACGGACCGGUCAGCAGUGCAUGAGGCCGCUGCACAGGGCAGGGCCCUCCAGCUGCAGCAGCUGAUCGAGGGAGGUGCAGCCGUUAACAUUGUGGCCAUUGACUCCAUCACCCCCCUGCAUGAGGCGUGCAUACAGGGACAGACCCAAUGCGUCAGACUGCUGCUGGAAGCUGGUGCCCAGGUGGACGCGCGUAACAUCGAUGGAAGCACGCCGCUGUGUGAUGCCUGUGCGGCAGGAAGCAUUGAAUGUGUCAAGCUGCUGUUGGAGUACAGAGCAACAGUUAAUCCUCCGCUGUUUACCUUCUCACCGCUUCACGAGGCCUGCAUGGGAGGAAAUUCAGAAUGUGUUCAGCUCAUGAUUGAUCACGGAGCGUUCAUGGAGGCCCAUGACUGCCACUAUGGGACACCGCUUCAUGUGUCCUGUGCAAUGCAACAUUACGACUGCGCCAAAGUUCUCCUCAAAGCGGGGGCAAAUGUGAAUGCUACCAAGCUACAUGAAACGGCCCUUCAUCAUGCAGCCAAAACCAAGAGCGUUGGCUUGAUUGAUCUACUCGUUGAGUUUGGGGGGAACGUGUACGCUCGAGAUAACCUGAACAAAAAACCCAUCAACUACACCAGUGUGGGAUCCACCAGUUAUCUCUGCCUGGAGUUCUAUGAGAGUACCCCUCUGAGUCUACAGCAAAUCAGCAGAGUGGCUGUGAGAGGGUCUCUCGGCAAAAGAGCCCGAGAAGUUGUUUCCAAACUGAACUUGCCCAAUCGCAUUAUACGGUUUCUGUUAUACAUGCCACCUCCAGAUACUGAAUAACCUGUGAGAAACUUGAGAUGCAUCUCUUUUGGAGGUUAAAUCUAGACCACUUAUGACUGCUGACUCAGUGGACUUCUUUCCGGAAAGUCAUAUGACAGUAUGUUGGGUUUGGCAGCAGAAGCCCAGCAGAUGUCAAAUGUACGUGUUAAUACAUGUACCAUGAUGUUCUGGCCAAACUGUAACUGCCUGUGUGUAUAUGUGUAUGUAUGUAUGUAUGUGUAUAUAUAUAUAUAUAUAUAUAUAUAUAUAUAUAUAUAUAUAUAUAUAUAUAUAUAUAUAUAAUGGAGUUGUGUUUAAGGUCACCAAAUGAAGUCCAACAUUUUAAUUCUAAUUCAAACCCUUUAAUUGCAAAAAAAGUCUGCUCCUGGGGGUCAAACCAUACAAUCUGUUUGAAGUUAUACCGAUAAAAAAAGCCAACACCUGAGUGGAAACCCACUUAUUAAUCAAUUUGUCCACUUUUCAGGACUGUAAGCGUGUGCAGACUGUUUUUCAAACACAGAACCUCCUGUUAGCUCUUUUAGCCUCUGUGUUACUAGAUUGACCUCGCAUAACUAUCAGCGUAGGUCAGCCCACCCUCACCCCAAGCAAAGGUCUAGUCAGCCACACCUGUGUGUGUGUGUGUGUGUGUUUGUGUUUGUGCAAGGCCCUUCAUGCAUUCCCAGUAUGCAUAACAGUGACAAUAUUUUUGCUUGAUAUGAAGUCAUUUUUUACGCCUGGAUCACUGUAUAUAUUAUGUAACUAUUUUUUAAUGUACAUUUGUAAAUAAUACAGAUGGUUCCAC